GAAUAAUUUCACCGUCCGCUUGGCGAUAUUCCUUGGCUGUGACAGCUCGGCAUGGCGUCUUUACUCUUGUUCCAUCUCUUUCAUCAUGGUUGUCGAUAACAUGCUGACUAUCUCUGGAGGAUUCUUCUCCUUGGUCCUUCUCAUCCUUGAUUUCAUUGCCAUCUUUGAGAUUCUCAACUCCACUCGCACUACUGUCAACAAGGUUCUGUGGAGUUUGUUCGUCUUCUUCUUCCCUGUUCUCGGCUUGCUUUGCUACUUCAUUUUCGGUGACCGUGAGCGCCAUAACCAGAGCUACCAAGCAUUGCCAUGAAACAGGCUACAAUGUUAUUUUUUUAACUCGAGUUCGAUGGCCGCCCGCUUGCACGAUGUACCACUCCGGUUAUUUCCUUAUUGAUUGCUUUUUGCCUG